AUGCCUCAGAGAUACUCCCACCAGAGGAGGAGAACCAGCACAGCGGCUGCUAGGAGGAUGGAAAGGAGACGCAGGGACCAGGGGGAAAGCAGCAACAACAACCCAACCAGCAGCCACAAUCACCGCUCCAAGAAACUGGCCAUGCUCUCCAGGUCCCUGAUCCUGUGCCACUCUAAAACUAAUGAUGACUGUCCAGAAGAAAGGCACAUGACUGCUUGGGAUCAAACACAGUGCAGAGAUACAGCCCUGGAGAAGAGAGGACGCACUGAGUCAGAUAACCAGCUGCAUCAUACCUCCACACUUAAGGUGAACAGAAGGAGCACAAGGAGGUCCUUCAGCAUCAAGGAGAGUAGUAUCUGGAGGAUGUGUGUAGCCACAGGGCCUGCUGAGGACGUGUGUGGACCACAAAUGGCUGAUAAUAGCAUCCAGACAGAGGACACAGACACCAAUGUGGAGCCAGGGAAUGAAGGAAACCUACACAGAGGCUGCAGCUUCCUGAGUCCAGACAAGCUGGCACCCUUUAACGGACAGUUUCUAGACGGCAGUGCUUGGAUGGCAGGGGAGAGGAUGAGGAGCAGUCCCGUUGAAGCCUACAGUGAGGACACUUCCACAUGUGAGGACAUUCUACAUUCACAAAGUCUGACUGCAAACCUAUCGCGUCCGGCUCUCAUAUCCCCAUCGGAACCUCAGUCAUUGCCUGGAUACAGAGAUGAAGAACAUCUUGCCAACAACAACCACCUCAAGUUCUCUAUCCCAGAGGUGAAUGAACAGAGGUGCUGGGACACAGAGGAGCCUGAGCAGAGCCCACCAGGACAGAUGGCCAGCAACAGGACACGCUCCCACUCAACCAGUGUUCAUCCUUACUGGAUUGGGGAUCUGGACAGCAUCAUCAUGAAGACCCCAAAACUGUACACCACUCAUCCUCAUGGGAAUGCUGGUUUCUAUGGAAACAGGAAGUCUCUGUCCCAGCAGCUGGAGGUUCCUCACACCACUCCACAACCUCGCUCUCUCAGCUCUGCCCAGCUAGUACACUCCUGCAGCAACAUGCAAGCCUUCAUAAUCUGUAAUGUUGUGCUAAUGAAGGGCCAUGGCAAGGGUCUGGGCUUCAGUAUAGUGGGCGGGAGGGACAGCAUGUAUGGACCAAUGGGAAUCUAUGUCAAGACCAUUUUCCCAGGAGGAGCAGCAGCUGCUGAUGGAAGGCUGCAGGAGGGUGAUGAGAUCUUGGAGCUGAAUGGAGAGUCACUACAUGGUCUGACUCACGAUGAAGCCCUACACAAGUUUAAACAAAUCAAAAAGGGCCUGCUGACUCUGGUGGUGAGGACAAGCCUGCGUGUCGGGGUGCUGUGUGGGCAGUCGCAGGUAGCCCAGCUAUGCAGGUCAAGCUCCCUCAGCUCCACCACAGGCAUGUCCAGGGCCAGUGCUGACAUGGGAGACUACAACUACCUGAACAACACCUGCAGUAACACACCGAGUGUCCCGGGUCAACCAGCUGAGCCCAGAGACCGCAUCAUGAUGGAGAUCAUUCUGCAAAAAGAGGCUGGUGUUGGUCUGGGUAUUGGAUUAUGCUGUGUUCCAUCUGGUGCUGGGUGCCCAGGGAUCUACAUCCACACCCUCUCUCCCGGAUCUGUGGCUCACAUGGACGGUAGACUGCGAUGUGGAGAUGAGCUCAUGGAGAUGGAUGACACUGUGGUUUACAACAUGCUGCUGAAUGAUGUCUACACCGUACUGAGCCAGUGCACACCAGGUCCAGUACACGUAAUCAUCAGUCGACACCCCAACCCCAAAGUAUCAGAGCAGCAACUGAAUGAUGCUAUCGCUCAGGCAGUGGAAAACAGCAAACUGAGAAAGGAUAAGAGCCAGUGGAGCAUUGAUGGGCUACGUAGACCAGAGUCUUGCUCUCACAGCCAGCUCAGAUGUGAACAUUGUCGAGAGAGGAGUUCCAGUCAGCUGACGGAUCGACGAGCACAGAAGACCAUGACCCGCUCCUGCAGCGACCACUCCAGCGGUCACAACCACAACCACUGCCUCUCCAUAUACAGCCCUCGCAACACACAGCACAACCCAUCAGCCCGUGUCCACAGCCUAGACACACCCAGGUCUAUGAGAGAGACGUGGUCUGACAACAGACUGUCAGUGCCUGUGUAUCCUGAUGAAGACUAUAACCUCCCGUACAACUCUGCUGCUGCCAACCUGUCCAGUCAGCAGGCUCUGGAUCUGGCCUCAAGGGGUCACAAGCCAGGAGACCACGCCACCAGGAUAAGAGUGGACGGCAGGGCAGCCCCCCAUGUUUCGCUCGCCAGUGCUGGGUCCACCUGCAGGGUACGUGCUGCUCCACGUCGGUAUUGCUGGCCUCAGGAUGUGACCAGUGAGGAGGGUUAUUAUGGAGACUCCAGUGGCUCCAGUAGAGGAUCCCCAGUUAGAGAUGGAGGACUGGAGUCAUCAUCACACACCAGCUGCCAGGAAGGAGAACGAAUAAGAGAAGAGUCAGAGGGGAUCAAGGAAGAUUUCACUCAUCCUGUAGCCCGCACCAACGACAGACUACACACAGGUGAUUCAUCAGUUGCGCUCUGCUCACAGCCGAAGAGAGGAGGUUUGAGGAGGCAGGCUCGUAUCGAUCAACACGCCCAAGAACAGCUUCAGGAUCCUUGGGUUCGCCUUUCAGACAGCUCCCCUGAAGAGCUGACUAAGAUCCACCACCGGGCUGCAGGAAGAACACAGCCUAUCAACGUCUACAGCAAGCCUGCCACCAUGAGUGACGAAGAGAACAUGUCCAAACUCAAUGACUCAGCCACUGAUGGGACUUCAGAUCCUCCAUCCAACAUGAGCCCUGAAAACACAUUGGAAUUUCCUUCAGGAGCAAAGUUGGGGCCUCCGGUGGCACCCAAGCCUGCCGGGUUUCGCAAGAGUCUGAGGAAAAUUUUGGAUGACCAGGACCAGAAGAAGCCAGCGAAACCCGCAGAGCAGAGGUCUGCUAUGGGCUUCAACAGAAGCUUCGGUGUUAGAUCUACCCCUUCUGCAGCCAACCUGUCAAUCAAACAAAAGAUACACUCAUUUGAGACUUUUUCCAGUCCAGAGGUUCCACAAAAGGGGGGUAACAGGAGGCCUGUGGCCCCAUCCAACUCUCUUCCUCUGGAGACAGAGUCCAAGAGUCACCCUGCCUCACAUGGAGAUUAUGGGAAGGGCAAACAUGAAAUCCCAGACCCAAACCAGUCUGCAUCUGUUAGGGACACAAACCAAAUUGUUUCUGCUACGCCCUCUGCUAUCACCUUAUCCUCUUCUGAAAUUUGUAGUCAAACAACAGCCAAGUCUUUUGAUGAUGAACCUCCAUCUAUCAAAUCCCCCACAGAGCUCCCACUUUCUGACACCUUUAGCACUGAUCUGGACUCAGGGACACAUGAUUAUCACUCGGCUCAAGAGGUCCAUGAUGACAGGAAUAUCUUUCCAACAAAGCAGGAGUCUGAGCUUGGAAGAGUCGAUCUUAACGGGUCCACAGAGUGCAAAGUCCUACCCUCUACAACAUCUAUGAGAUCCAAUAAAGUUGAGGGGGAAAGUCCUACAGAGGAGCCAGAGGAAGAUGGGGCACAAAGCCACGGAAGGAGUGCUGUUCCACCCACAGGCAGGAACCCUUUGGGAGGCCUGGAGGGAGAGAGUUUAGGGAAAAUCCUUGCCUUUAGUAACCAGGUUUCACAAGCACUGAUGCGCUCUUUACCCACGUACCCCUGCCAUGAAAACCCUUGCUCCUCAAACCUGCAGGACUCAUCUGCUGUGGACUUUACAAACCCUCGGUGGUCUGAGCAUGCCCCGGACAGCCCCGACAGAGGAUUCUCUGUCAGCUUGGCCACACUGAGGGAGUGUACCAUUGAGCGAGGGGAGGGGGGGUGUCAUGACGAGGCAGCAGUCACUUCUGCUGGUGCUCACUCUGUCAUCUCAGCCAUCCCCUCACAGGAAAUACAGAGGAUGAUCCAGGAAGUCAAAGGUCUGGACGAAGAGACGCUGAAGCAACUAGUGGACAUCCAUGUUGUGAUUCUACAUAAAGAGGAGGGAGCUGGUCUGGGCUUCAGCAUCGCUGGAGGGUCUGACCUGGAGAGCAAAGCUCCCACAGUCCACAGAGUGUUUCCCAGCGGCCUGGCAGCUCAGGAGGGCACCAUUGAGAAAGAAGACGAGGUGUUGUCUAUAAAUGGCCAAACACUGCGCGGCGUCACACACGCUGACGCCACCGCGGCUCUGCGUCAGGCCCGCUGUCUGAAGCAGGCGGUGGUGGUGGUCUGCAAGAGAGCAGAGGAGGAAGGAAGAGAGGGAGGAAGCUGCAGGAGCGACGAGCCCAACCAUGCAGGUGAGUCCCAACACUGAAGUCCUGUGGCUCACGAGCAGGGAGCUCCGCUGAGUGUGGAGCUGGAGAAAGGAGCAGGAGGAGUUGGCUUUACUCUUGAGGGGGGGAAAGGCUCAAUCCACGGAGACAGACCUUUAGUCAUCAACAGGAUCUUUAAAGGUGGAGCAGCAGAGCAGAGCGGUCUGCAGCAUGGAGACCAACUCCUCCAGGUCCAGGGGACCAGUCUGCAGGACAUGACUCGCUUCGAGGCCUGGAACAUGAUCAAGGCCUUACCUGAAGGACCCAUCACCGUGCUUAUAAGAAGAAGACGUGUCUAG